GGGGAUGGUUGCUGACGCUGUGCUGACUUCUGACUGGGUCACUGAAUGCUGCUGGGCUGGCUGGGCUAGGCUAUAAAACAGAGCCAAAGCAGCGCAGCUGGCUUUAGAAACAAGACUGAAUUCUGCAGGCGGUGAAGGACUCUCACGCAGCCCAUAUCUCCUCUUGUGUUGUUGUUUUUCCUGGAAUACAGGACCGACCUUACAGCAAGAUGUGCAAGGGACUUGCUGCACUGCCAGCCACUUGCUUAAAAAGUGCCAAAGAUAUGAAGCAUCGUCUGGGCUUCUUUCUGCAGAGGUCAGAAUCCUGUGACUACAGCUCUUCCCAGGACAAGAAGGAGAGACUUAGCCAAGAAGAAGUCAGAAAGUGGGCAGUCUCUUUGGAAAACUUGAUCCAUAAUGACAGAGGACUGGCUGCUUUCCGUGCUUUUCUCAAAUCUGAGUACAGUGAGGAAAACAUCGAAUUCUGGAUCACCUGCGAAGACUACAAGAAAACCAAGUCACCAGCCAAGCUCAGCCCCAAGGCCAGAAAGAUCUAUGAUGAGUUCAUCUCAGUGCAGGCAACAAAAGAGGUGAACCUGGAUUCGUGCACACGAGAGAAGACAAGCCACAAUAUCCUGGAGCCUACACACUGCUUUGAUGAGGCUCAGAGAAAAAUAUUUACCCUCAUGGAAAAGGAUUCUUACCGCCGUUUCCUCAAGUCCCCCUACUACCUCAACUUGGUCAGCCCACCUGGUGCUGGCUGCGGGCCCAAAAACUGCAAAAGAAGCCAUGCUCACACCUUAGACUGCAACUCCAACAUCAUUUCUCAGUGUGCCUGAACCUGCAGCAAGCCAGGAGCAGGUUGGGCUCUUGCAAUAAUAUAUAGCAGCAAAAGCAUUCAUUGUCAUGAAGCAACAAAGCUGUCUCCAAGAGCUGUCUAAUGUCCUAGUUGUAUCCCAUGUCAUGCAACAGCCAGCAUUUGUAACCCAAGCCAGGUUCAGUUUGUGUAAGCAAACCCUCCUCUGACUCCAUUGGUGUAGAAGCCCUGGAGUCUGUCUGACAGAAAAGCUGGAUGGAAUCAUUACGUCUCCUCUGCAUUUCUGGCAAGCCCUGCAAGGGCAGUAGGAGAACACUCACUCAGACCCAGUGGUCCCCACCGAGGGCCCAGUGCUGCAGUAUGACACCUAGCAAGAAGCAGGGGAAAGAAGCAGCCCAGGGAAGUGUUGGGGACUGUGAUCUCCGCUUUCUCAUGGGCAAAAGCUUAGCUGGAAAGGACUUGCUCUCAUCCGUAGCUGUUUGUAAAGCUCCCAAAUAUCUAGGCUCGGUAGCAUUUGUUCAGAACUCAGGCUGUGCUGCAUUAUGGUCACCGGACAUAGGAAGACUUCCUUCUCUUUUUUGAAGGGAAAUCAAAUCUUUUCAGACAAACAGCCUCUCUCAAUCAUCACAGCCACAAUUGCAGGGAAGCUGUCCCUUCUGGCCACUUCUCCCUCUGUAGCAUCUAGGUUUGUGCUGGCCAGGGACCUUUCUUAGGGCUGUACAGAGCUGUUUAGGGGGGAGAGGUUCCAUUAUUUCAUAUGUCAUUUAUUGUGUCCUUCAUGCUUCCAGGUUAAAUACCAUAGCUAAGAGAACAGAAACAUGUUCCUUCUCUCACAGAGAGGCAAAUGUGUAUUACUGACUCUGGGAGUGCCAUCUGAAUUCAAGUUCGCCUGCCCUGGCUUGUAUGGAGCAGGUUGUGAUGGAAUAGGAACACUACCACCACAGCUGGGGAGGUACAAGUACUCCCACUCCUGCCUGGGAAUACUUGAAAAAUGUCUUUUUUUCUUUUAAUUUUAUUUAUAUGGGUUUUGUAUUUCAGUAGUAGCAUGACUCACUUUCCUCCUGAAAAUGGUAGCAGGAAUGUGUCAAUGUCAUUACUGGUCCAGACUUUGCCAGAAGGCAGCUUGCUUUUUAAUCACUGCAGUUAGACAUGGAGACUUUGGGACUGACACUGACCUGCAGCUGGAGGCACGAGGAACAGAUGCAGGGCUUGGUGCCUAGGGCUGCAGUACUGGGUCUCACUACCAGCCAGCUGGGACAGCCCACUCUGAGAAGUCCAAUGGCUGUCAGUGAAACUUUCCCCUACCCUCAGUCUCUCCUCAGUUGGAUAUGAUGCUCUGACAACCGUGUAUUCCUCACUCUGCAUCCCAGUCCAGUCAACAGUUCUCACAUUGGGGUUUUUGACAUAGCAGGAGGAGGCUGCAGUUCUCCAGCAGGCGUGUCUAGAUGCACAGACAAUUAUCUAUUUUGACAUUUGCUUUAUUUUGUAUUUAUUAGAUUGUACUUACACCAUCCCUGCAUGUUCAGCUGAGACAUGGAGAGGCUUGCUAAAAGCUCUGAACAUGGCUAAGCAUGUGGCUAUGUUUUAGGUUGCCCUGGUACUAGGAACACUUGAUAACUCUGCAAAAAAACUGUAUUGGUAUUUAAAUAA